AAGUUGGAAAUAUUUCCCCAAAACAUCACCCAUCUCACCCUGAAAUGCACUUACAUCGCUGUGGAAUACUUGAUGCCGGCACUGCAGAAGCUACAAAAUCUUUGUGUUCUCAAGUUAGGAUUUGGAUCUAUGAUCUGGGAAGAUGAUGGUAGUUUAGAUUUUGAGAGUGAUGUCAAUGGGGGGUUUAGGCAGCUCAAGUUCUUGGAACUCAAGGAUUUGUUUAUGUUAAAGAAGUGGAAAUUGUCUAAAGGUGUGAUACCAAGUCUUCAAAAGCUAGCUGUCUUAAAUUGUUCCAAGCUAGAGGGUCUCCCAAUUGAAGCUCUAGAGGCUAUCUCUACUUUGCAAGAGUUGGUGAUAGAUGAGCAACCCACUGAUGGUGUAUCAGCUGAUGCAAAACUUAUUCAGGAACAUAUCGGAAAGGAUCGGCUUAACUUCGACAAUUCCAUCGUCACUGAAAAAUGGCUGGUCCGACUCUGAGCUGAGUAAUUAUAAUUGGAGGUGACCCAAUGGGUAUCUUUGAGUACUAGUAGUUUCUUUAUCUGCUUCGUCAUUUCCUUAAAAUAAUGUUGUGUUUUAAUUUUCAUGAUGAUGGCAUUGCAAUAAAGUUUGAUUUAGGUGGCUAGGAGAAGAAAAAUACAUAUCCUAAGUUUGGCAAUGUAACUGGUUUGGAUUUUCCAAAACGAUGGUUGUUAUUUCUUUUCAGCUUUUCAUUUGUGUUGUAUGUUA